UCCAGAAGUCCCUUUCUCUUUCUUCUCACCGAGAGAGAAAGAUCGAAUGUCCUCACCGGUGAACCUCACCGACAAUUUAUCCGGCGACGGUCAGUUCACUUGAAAUCUCUGUUAGUGGUGAAAUUUUGAAGGUUUCUCUCUCAUUGGUGGUUUCUUUGAUUUUGAUUGGUAUUAAAUUGCUUGUGCAUUUAUUGAUUUUGGAAAUCUUAGAGGUUUGGGCUUUCCGUGGUGCUUUGUUGGUAUUUUUCGUCAUUAACUUGAGCAGUGUCGUUGUCUACAUCUGGCACUAGGCGUGGAGUCUGGUUCGAGUGUGUGCGCUGUGAAAGGAGCUGUUCUGGUUGGGCGGAGGUCGAGUCCCAUAGAUUGGAGAAGUGACUUUGAAGUUUUGGGGUUUUUGGUUCGGGGUUGUCUGCGGAAAGAAUGUCCUUCCAGCAUAAAAGCUUUUGGAUACCUAGGGAUGCUGGGUGUUUAACUGAUGGAGAGAUGAACUAUGAUAGUUCCUCUAGAAUUGAAAACAAGCGUGGCCAUCAAUGGUUUAUGGAUGGCAGUGCACCAGAGUUAUUCAGUAGCAAGAAGCAAGCAAUAGAAACUGUAAAUACUAGAACUGUUCCAGGCGUUCCACACAUGAAUGUUUCUCCCUGGGAAAACACUUCAAGUUUUCAAUCAGUUCCUGGGCCCUUCACUGAUCGCCUCUUUGGCUCCGAGCCAAUACGAACAGUCAAUGUGGUUGAUAGAAGCAUCACUGUUGGAAAUGCAAAUAUGGACAUGGGAAGAAAGGAGUUUGAGAAUCAUUUUGCAAACAACCCGUCAGUUGGCUUGUCCAUGUCACAAUCCAUUGAGGAUCCCUCAUCAUGCCUCAAUUUUGGUGGAAUUAGAAAGGUUAAAGUCAAUCAAGUCAGGGACGCUGACAUUGGCAUGUCUGCCUCUUUGGGACAUGCCUAUAGCAGCAGGGGUGAUGGUACAGUUUCAAUGGGUACAGCAUUUAAGAAAAUUCAUGAGAACGCCAUAUCAUUGGGCCAAUCUUAUAAUAGUAGAGAUGAGAAUAGCAUCUCGGUUGGCCCUGCAUAUCACAAGACAGAUGAUAGUUUUAUUUCAAUGGGUCAUGCUUUCAGCAAGGGUGAUGGAAAUUUUAUUACAAAUGGUCAUAACUAUAGCAAGGGAGACAAUAGCAUCCUAUCGAUGAGUCAGCCUUUUGACAAGGGGGAUUACUCUUUUAUUUCAAUGGGUCAGUCUUAUGAGAAGGCAGAAGGCAAUAUCAUUUCUUUUGGUGCCUCCUACAAUAAAGGGCAUGAAAAUUUUAUCUCAAUGGGGCCAGCCUAUAGUAAGGCAGGUGAUACUUUCAUUUCAAUGGCUUCCCCCUAUAAUAAGGGAAAUGAUGAUAUAUCAAUGGGUCCAACCUAUGACAAGGUGAACUCUGAUAUUGUACAUGUGGGUCCCAAAUAUGACAAAGCAGAUUCUGGUGCUGUGUCUAUGGCUCACAACUAUCAUAAGGGUGAGAGUAAUACCAUAUCUUUUGGAGGGUUUGAUGAUGAGAAUGCGGCAGAUAAUCCAUCUGGUGGGAUCAUUAGCAGUUACGACUUGUUGAUGGCUAAUCAGGCUUCUGCCCAAGCAUCAGAAGUGUCAAACCUGAGAGAUUCAGUUGAUCCUCAUGCGGAAGUAAACUUUAAUAAUGCUACAAAAGUUGAUGUUAAGAUUGACACUAGUUCCAAGAAUAAAGAGCCUAGGACGACUAAGAAGGUGCCACCAAAUAGCUUCCCUUCAAAUGUUAAAAGCUUGCUCUCAACUGGUAUGCUUGAUGGGGUUCCUGUGAAAUAUGUUUCUUGGUCACGGGAGAAAAAUCUCAAGGGAAUUAUAAAAGGGACUGGAUAUUUGUGCAGCUGUGACAACUGCAAUCAUUCUAAGGCUCUCAAUGCUUAUGAAUUUGAGAGGCAUGCUGGCUGCAAAACCAAACAUCCAAACAAUCACAUUUAUUUUGAGAAUGGUAAAACUAUCUAUGCUGUUGUUCAAGAGCUAAAGAACACCCCUCAGGAGUUGUUAUUUGACGCAAUUCAGAAUGUGACUGGUUCUCCCAUUAAUCAGAAGAAUUUUCGUAUUUGGAAAGCAUCUUAUCAAGCUGCCACCCUUGAACUCCAGCGUAUUUAUGGAAAAGAUGAAGUAACUAUUCCUUCUUGAGAUGGGGAUUUACCUUACUAAAUUUUGAGACCUCAAAGAUAUACCCUCCAGGGUAUUUAAUGACAGGAUGGGUUUGUAAUCAAAACAUUGCUAAAGUGAGUAAAUUGUAAACCAGUAGUGGCAAUCAAAGAUGCUAUGGAUGAAUGGCAAUCGGUGAAGGCGUUUUCAGUCGGGUCAGCUACCUGCCAACUUACGAAGAAUGCCUUCCUGCUUUUCCUUUCAUGUUACAUUUUGUUCUUUAUAUUGUUCCCUCAUGGCAGAAUUGUAUUGAAGCAUUUUACCAUAGAGUAGUCUGAAACAUCCAUCUGGUCCUUUUCUUCAAUUGCAAAGAGUACAUUUUGGUUGAAAUGAAAAUACAGGUACUUUAACCGCGUA